CUAAGCCAGUUAUUAAUAACAGACCAGUGAGCCUCCUGAUCCACCAAGACCAUAUGGUGUUUUUCAUAAAAGAGAGAGAUCAUUCCCUUGACUUUGGACUUCGCUUAUUGAAACCCUGAACAAGACAGGGUUUUGCCAUAUUGCCCAAGCUGGCCUCAAACUCCUGGGUUCAAGUGAUCCACCACCUUGGCCUCGCAAAGUGCUGGAAUUACAGGCAUGAGCCACAACAUCUGGCCAGCUAUCAUCUUCUAAGUAAUGACUUUGUGAAGCAUAGAAGAGCAACACUUGAAAAUCAUACCUCAUCCACCCUAUGGAGAAAAAAAGAGUUAUUGUACACUUACUUUGUUCUAAGCUCUCUGCAAAAUGCUAGAGGAGUCAAGGUUGCUAAGAGACCACACCUGUGCUGAAUGCACUUUGUUCUGGCAAGAGCAGAAAAGUGAGAAGCUGUGUUACCUACUACUACCUGGGAUUAAUUCAGGGAGCAGGAGUUUUCUGGAUAUGAAUGGUAAAAACUGGAUAUUAAUUUCUACUACUAAUCCCAACAGCCUAGAAGAUGAAAUUGUGGGAAGACUUCUAAAAAUUUUGUUUGUUAUCUUUGUUGACUUAAUGUCUAUUAUAUAUGUUGUGAUAACUUCUUAGAAAGCUGCCUUCCUUUACUUUCCAUAUAAAUUUCCAACUGAAUUACAGUUAAUAAAAAUUUGUAUUUUAAAAA